GACAGAGGAAGCCUUUCGGAUAAAGAGUGUAGUGUGUUGUAGCUGAACUGACAAGGGCUUAUUAAAUAGACCGGUUUUAGCUAAUAUCUCCCAGAUUAAAGGGGAACGGAUAAGACCAGUGGCAACUAGCCGCAGGCUGCAGUGGUGACCAAAUUGUGCUGAAGUGUCCCUCACUGAACCCAUGCCGAAUUUGCACUGUUUUGUGUGUUUUUUUUUAACAUUCAGUGCCUCAAAUCGACGUUCAAGACGUGAGGAGUCCUUCAUGUCAUUAUUACUGGGGCUCAGCAUGGCGCAGGAGGAGGACAGACACAGCCUGGAGGCGAAAUUUGCCGCUGCCGUGAAAGUGAUGCGGAGUUUGCCCGAAGAAGGUCCUUUCCAGCCGUCUGAUGACAUGAUGCUGAUGUUCUAUAGUUACUACAAGCAGGCCACCUCGGGGCCCUGCAACAUCCCUAGGCCGAGCAGCUUCUGGGACACUCGUGGAAAAGCUAAAUGGGAUGCAUGGAGCUCUUUAGGAAAUAUGACAAAGGAGGAAGCCAUGAAGAAUUAUGUUGAGGACAUCCAGCUGAUUUUGGAGACCAUCCCAAUCUCAGAUGAAGUGUCCGACCUGGUACAGAUGCUUGGCAACUUCUACACUGAAGUCGACAGAGAAGGAGAAGAAGCUGAGGAAAAUGAAGUGGACAGGAGAACCUUCACCAGGCCUUUUGCAAAACAUACAGACGAGCUGGUCAAACCAUUUAAGAAACCAACAAUGGAAGGCUAUGGGGAUCUGUGGGAUGAUAUACAAAAUCUUCAAGAAAAAGACAGUGUUCAUGGCACAAGUGUCAGUAACGGGGAGGAAGAGGGAAGUAAAGAAAAUAGUGAAAUCGAGAGAAAAGAGGAAAGUAGUGAUUGGAAGAGAAGUGAGGAGGAGGAGAAUGGGGACGAAGAAGACAAUACAGAAGAUGAAGACGAGGAGGAAGAGGAGGAGGGAAAAGUCUGGAAUCUGGAUCCAAGGCUGCUGAUGGUGGAGGACAAGAGGUUGAGAUCUGACACCAGAGGGUCCAGCAGCAGCAUUGAACCCAGCAUAUCUUCUUUCACCAAUGGGACACACAGUUCACUCAACAGCGAGGUGGAGGAAGAGGAACUGGCCUGUUCCAUAGAGCCCAGCGUGCAGUAUAACCCGUACAUGCACUUUAAUGGACACCUGAGUGAUCAUAAUGAUACUGUUCCUGAGAAGAACCACCGAUCCACAGACUCAGAUAAUGAAGAAUUCUGUGACUCAAUGGAGCAUCUAGCCAUGGAAGAGCGGGUGUCUACAACAAAAGUUCAGUCACCUGGAUCAACAGCUGCCUCAGUGAAGCAAAAGGAUCUUUGGUUUGAGAGCAACACUACCCUGAAUGGAGGAGAGGAUCAAGGGCUAACAAGGGAGUCCUACUUUAAAGAAGGGAUUGGUACAAGCCAACACAGCAGCUCCUUGUCAAGAAGAGGGAGAGGUUCUCAGUCGCCAAGGGCGGCCUGCAGCUCGCCGUGGGGCUUCAGUGCAGAUGCUGCCAGCUGUUGUGUGCCACAGAGCAGACAUCCUGUGAGUGCUUCCAGGGGAAACGUCAAUGAGCAGAUAGCUACGGCUCUGCUGAGGCUGCAGCGUGACAUGGCCAAUGUGUUGCACAGGCUGCACACUCUGGAGAUGCUCAAUGUAUCACAGUCAAGAUCACCUUCGCCAAGGCAGGAGGGCUCCCUACCUGUAGCACGAAAGAUCCUGAAACCAUCCUGGUGGCCUUUUGACUUCUCUCCACUCACAGUGGUGUUGACUGCACUCUGGCCUCUGAUUGCUCAUUGGCUUUUCCAGCUUUACUUGCAGUGGAAGAAAAGGAAAAUCUCCUGAAUUGUCCGACAACCGCCAGCAUCAAUCAAAGGACAUGAACACGGGAUGAAAUUGUUGCUUGUUUUGUUGCUUUGUGGCUUUUUUUUAAAGUCACCAACACAGACAAUGUGAUGAGACAUCAGUAGAAUUGGAAAGGCUACCUUUGAUAAAUGAAUGGUCAGGAAGGCGUUCAAGGGAAGACUAGCGUAGCAUUUUGACUUCAUGGAUACUGUGUAGGCUUUUAAGAAAGGGACGAUUAAUGCAUUAUAAAUGCACACACAAUUUCAUUAUUAUAGUUAGCUUAGCAUUACGUGGUCUUAUUUAUGAAAAGUCUCACUGAUCACCAAGAACUCAAUAGACACAUGACUCACAUAACUGAGCCUAACUUUUAAUUAAAGUAAAAUUAAUCAUAAGCAUACAGUAUAUUAGCUGUCGACCUUAGGUGAUAAAAGUGUUUCACCAUUAUCAUUACCAGUUAUUUUAUUUAUUGUACAUUCCAUUGUUUAUUUAGGUUCCUUUUGAUAAUUUUUUUUUUUUGUCAAAUAAUAUAUAUUUUCUUCCUGAUAAUUAAGGGUAUCAGCCUUUUACACUGCUGAUCUGAAAUGUGGAAAUAUGUCAGGAGCAGUUACUUUAAGACCAAAUAGUAAUUUAAGGUGAAAAAUCUAGUUAUUUAUAUGUAAAAGUGAAUGUUUAUUUUAUAGCUUCAGAAUAAUCGCAUCAGAGAUUUGGACUUUUGCAGAACAACAAAAAGAAAAGUGACUUACAGAGUACAGACAAUCCACAUAAUUAUAUAUAUAAUCAUUGCUUUUUGUCAGCUGUACAGUGGAAAUGAAGAAUGUUCAGUAAAGCAAGCUUGCAGUGCUUUCAAAUAUAGUUGUAAAACAUCAGUAUAUGAAGCAACUUUUGACAUUACAAUAAAUACAGUCUCGGAACAAA